GGGGACGGGGGCUAAUGAGACACCGUGUGCUGGGCGGAGGGCGGGGACGGAGCCGGCGCUCCUGCGUCCCCCGUGGACAAACUGCAGAAACUCGGCAGCUCACUCCACAGCCAACAGGUCUCAGUCUCCGGCGCGCAUCGCCAUUGGACGCAGCGAGGGCUGGGCUCCGGCGCUCACUGUCGCACGCAGGCACGCACGCACGCGCGCGCGCGCACCGGGCGCGUCCGGCCAGUCGCUCCUCGCUGCGCGCCGGGUCUGGAUGAGGGCGCAGCGCGCAUCCCCGCCGCCUCCCGUGGACACGCUGUUCUCUGCAGCGCAUCGAGGCUGCGCCAAUGAACCGCCAACCCCCCGGCUCCUCCGGCGUGCAAUGGCUUAACAGGAGAGACAUGAGCGCUCGAAUGGAGGACAGCAUCACCCUGUGCCAGCGGGCGCUCCAGAUCGUCACGGAACUUUGUCUGACGGGACACGUAGACCGGGACAAAUGCUCGGAUAUAUUUCCGCUGGAGAGCAACAUACCAGGUAAAGGACACGCAGGAGCGGGAGCAGCGGAUGGAGCUCCGCCACCUGUGGCUCCGGCUCCGGCUCCGGUUCUGGUUCUGGUCUGUUCUACGCAUAUGCUGCCCCCCCUUUCUUACAGCUUGCUCUCUCUCCUCUUUUCUCUUUGUCCCCUGCACGUUUGUCUGUCAUAUUUUGUCCCUGGCUUGCUUCUCCCCUCCCGUCAUCCUCUGCUGGUCUCUCCAUGGUUGCGUGUAGACAUCUCUAUUAGUCUCCUUGCUGUGGUCGUGGGUUUCUGUGGCCUCGCCCUGUUGGUAGUCUCUCUCUUUGUCUUUUGGAAGCUGUGCUGGCCCAUUUGGAGGAGGAAGGCUCUGUCGGCCAGCGCGGAGCAUGGCCUCCACGUGGGCUUCCCCGAGGCGCCCCCGCCCGGCUCCCCGGCGGUCGCCAAGUGCAAAGAGGCGGAGGCGGAGAGGAAGUGGCCCCCGGAGGUGAAGGUGAACGGCCGGAGCUCCGUGAAGCUGCUGGAGGCGGCCAUGAAGAUCAGCCAGACAUCCCCGGACAUCCCCGCGGAGGUGCAGACGGCCCUGAAGGAGAAGCUGAGUCAGCAGGCUAAGAUCCAGAGGCAGACCACGGAGCCCACCUCGUCCUCCAGGCACAACUCAUUCCGGCGCCACCUGCCCCGUCAGAUGAACGUCACCAGCGUGGACUUCAGCAUGGACGCCGUCCCCCUGCGCCAGUCCUCCACCGUCAGCAUCGGCAGGAUCAAGCCGGAGCUCUACAAGCAGAAGUCCGUGGACUCGGAGGACGGCGCCAGGGAGCCCGCGGAGACAUGCGGGAAGCUGAGCUUCUCGCUGCGCUACGACUACGAGGACCAGGCGCUGGUGGUGACCAUCCUCACGGCCCUGGAGCUGCCCGCCAAGGACUUCACCGGCACCUCCGACCCCUACGUCAAGAUCUACCUGCUGCCGGAGAGGAAGAAGAAGUUCCAGACGCGCGUCCACCGCAAGAACCUCAACCCCACGUUCGACGAGACCUUCUGUUUCCCCGUGGCCUACGACGAGCUCUGCAACCGCAAGCUGCACUUCAGCGUCUACGACUUCGACCGCUUCACCAGCCACGACAUGAUCGGCGAGGUGGUGGUGGACAACCUCUUCGAGCUCUCGGACCUCUCCAGGGAGGCGGUGGUGUGGAAGGACAUCCACGCAGCCACCACGGAGAGCGUCGACCUGGGAGAGAUCAUGUACUCGCUGUGCUACCUCCCCACAGCAGGCAGGAUGACCCUGACGGUCAUCAAAUGCAGGAACCUCAAAGCCAUGGACAUCACAGGCUCCUCAGAUCCGUACGUGAAGGUUUACUUGGUGUGUGACGGACGGAGGUUGAAGAAGAGGAAAACAACCACCAAGAAAAGCACGCUCAACCCGGUUUACAACGAGGCCAUCAUCUUCGACAUCCCCCCGGAGAACGUGGAGCAAGUCAGCCUGUCCAUCAUGGUGAUGGACUACGACCGGGUCGGACACAACGAGGUGAUCGGCGUGUGUCGCACCGGGCCGGACGCCGAGGGCCUCGGACGAGACCACUGGAACGAAAUGCUGGCGUACCCGCGGAAGCCCAUCACGCACUGGCACGCUCUGGGAGAGGGCCCGGGACGAGCAGCCAGCUUUGAGAGCCAGGGCUCCUGUCCGUCCCCCAGACAGCCGCCGACGCCCUGACGCUGGCACCGCCUGUCCGGACGCCCGGUCCGGGCCCACGGAGCCUCUCCUGAGCAUGUGAAAACUGAAGUCACUCCACGCAUUUCCUACAGUGUUUGUCCUGGGGUUGUUCUGAUUCUGCAGCGCUGGCUACGCAUCCGCUUCAUGGGCACACGGACAACAUGAGAGCGGGCCUCGCUGCGUCUAGUCGUUAACUUAAGCAGCCUCUGUAUGUUAAUCACCAUUCUUCUGGCCCUUGUUAGAGUCUUAGUUUUAUUUUGAAAUUGGCACAAAGUUGAAGGGCUACGCCGCUCAGUGCCACGAGAAUGAAAAACGCGAUGAACAAAGCAUCAGGUUGGAAUCAGGGCUGAGACGGGAGCGUCGACAAGGGCUCGGUGAGCGCUGAGAAACGAGCACGUCAGCAGAAAAACAGCUGCUACGUCGCAUGAAACCAGCCAUCAGCUGCAAAUAUGUAGAGAAACUACAGCAGAAACAUGUAGCAGCCGACAGGUUUGUACAGAGACGCGAUCGCAUCAGUGAAGGUGUGUUUGAAUUGAGUGACUUUAUCCCCAAAUUACCGGCAUCACUUAGCGAACAGCACAGAAGCAGCGUUGCUUUGAACCACGUCGGACACUUGAAACGUUACGAAAUAAAAUAAAUCUGCCCUUAAAAAAAAUUAACGAGCGAUUCUCCUGUAAACUAAUUAACAGUGUCCUGCACAUACAGAGCGAGUGAUUGAGCCAGUGCUUAAGAAAAUAGGAGGAAAACAGUAAUUAAAGCUUUGAGUCCAAUGUGGCAGUUUGUUAAACUCCGCCUGUCAAGCUUUGGUUCCAUUUAAGUCUGUCCACAAAGAAAAGACACAAAGACUGUGUUUUUAUCUGGAAAAGGAAAUUCACAAGCAUUUCACACAUUUUAAUCCAGACUUGGGUGCAACUAUAUCGCUGUUAAAGAAAUUAAUAGCGGAACGUUAAUAAUGUGAGUGUAAGUGUAAAAAUAUGUUGUCUGCCUCCAUAAUGACUUUUAAAUCAGUUCGAAACGUUAACCGAGUUCGCACCAAAUCUUUAAAAGGAACAUUGUUCGCUGCUUUUUCUGGAUGUGUCGCUGAUAACAGACAAAAUUGAUUUCGCUGAUUGGAAACUGGCUGAAAUCAGGAACAUCAUUUCAGGAGGCAGAUUGAAUUUCAAGGCAUUGCAGAUGUGAGACGGAAGCCUGACAGGCAGCGCUGAGGGCAAAAGACUCGGUGGCCACUGCUUAAGAAAAAAACACACACACACACACACACACACACACACACACACACACACACACACACACACACACACACACACACACACACACAGUUGAUGUUUGCCAUGAAGCCAUAUGAAAUGGAUUCCAAUGCAUCGAACACCGACUCAGCUUCUCCUUUUAUUUGAGUAAUAAACUAAUAAGAACCAAGCUAGCAAAUAGAAACGGCUGUGAACUGUUAUCUUACCUGACGCUUACUUCCCCCGUUGCUGCCCUGACGCCACCGAUGAGUCCUUGUAUCGUAGCAUGCCUGUCGCCUCUUUACCCGAGGGACAUGUGAGUAACGUCAGCGUGUUUUGAGCCUCGUCUUUGCAUUUGUACAUAUUUGCUGUGUGUACAUAUUGAAAAGUUGUCGUGCGCCUGUGGAAUAAGAGGCAUCUCCGUGUAUUUCUAUUGUUUGGUGACAAUUCGAGCAACCGUGUGAAGUUCAUACACGUUCUGUAUUAGUUGUGAAGAAGCCGCAGCCGGAGCGUUUCCGUGUCUAGGACUUGGAGCUUGGAGCUGUAAUUGUUUGCAUAACGGUUGAACCUGUAUCGAGCGAGAACAACGCAACUAUUGUGUAACGUGUACAGUUUGUGAUAACUUUUGUAUCGAUUCAAAGUCAACAUUUGGGAUAUCAUUUAUUGUAUCUGUUUCAUAUGUAUUUUAACUACAAUAAAAUCAAAGUGUUUAAUCACGGUU